UCUUGCGGUUCUACAACCAUGGCCCAUAUGUCCUUGUCAUUCAGGGACGUGGCCAUAGACCUCUCCCAGGAGGAAUGGGAGUGCCUGGACCCUGUUCAGAGGGCCUUGUACAGGGAUGUGAUGUUGGAGAACUACAGCAACUUGGUCUCAUUGGGAUGUUCCUCUCCUAAGCCAGACGUGAUUACUUUAUUGGAGCAAGAGAAAGAGCCCUGGACGGUAAUGAGAGAAGGAACAAGAAGCUGGUACACAGAUUUGGAGUCUAAGUAUGUCACCAAGAAGUUAUUUCCAGAAAAGGAUAUUUGUGAAAUAUAUCUGUUUCAGUUGCAGAGAGUGGACAAAAGUAAAACUUACAUCCGUGAGGAUACCAUUUUCAGAAAUGAUUUGCAGUGUAAACAUGAGUUUGAGAGACAAGAAAGACAUCAAAUGAGAUGUGCUAGUCAAAUGAUAAUCCAAAAACAUAUACCUCUUCUUCUGCAUCAGAAAAUUCAUGCUAGAGAGAAAUCAUAUGAAUGUAAGGAAUGUAAGAAGGCUUUUAGACAACAGUCAUACCUUAUUCAACAUCUGAGAAUUCAUACGGGUGAGAGACCCUAUAAAUGUAAAGAAUGUGGGAAAGCCUGUGUAGGGGACCUUAGAGUACAUCAGACAAUUCAUGGUGGGGAGAGACCCUAUGAAUGUAACAAUUGUGGAAAGACCUUUAGGCUUCAUUAUCAUCUUACUGAACAUCAGAGAAUACAUUCUGGUGUGAAACCCUAUGAGUGUAAUGAAUGUGGGAAGGCCUUUAGUCGUGUUCGAGACCUUAGAGUACAUCAGACAAUUCAUGCUGGGGAGAGACCUUAUAAAUGUAAAGAAUGUGGGAAGGCCUUUAGACUUCACUAUCAGCUCACUGAACAUCAAAGAAUUCAUACUGGUGAGAGGCCUUAUGAAUGUAAGAUUUGUGGAAAGACCUUUAGGGUACAACGACAUAUUAGUCAACAUCAGAAAAUUCAUACUGGUGUAAAACCCUAUAAAUGUAAUGACUGUGGGAAGGCCUUCAGUCAUGGCUCAUACCUAGUUCAACAUCAGAAAAUUCAUACUGGUGACAAACCCUAUGUAUGUAAAGAAUGUGGUAAGUCCUUUAGUUUUCAUGCAGAACUUACUCGACAUCAUAGAAUUCAUACUGGUGAGAAACCCUAUGAAUGUAAAGAAUGUGGAAAAGCCUUUCGUCUCCAAACAGAACUUACUAGGCAUUGUAGAAUUCAUACUGGAGAGAAACCCUAUGAAUGUAAAGAAUGUGGGAAGGCCUUUAUUUGUGGCUAUCAACUUACUUUACAUCUGAGGGUUCAUACUGGUGAGAUUCCCUAUGAAUGUAAGGAAUGUGGGAAAACCUUCAGUAGUCGCUAUCAUCUUACUCAACAUUAUAGAAUUCAUACUGGUGAGAAACCCUAUGGAUGUCAAGAAUGUGGGAAGGCCUUUCGUCUUCAAGCAGAACUUACCAAACAUCACAGAACUCAUACUUGUGAAAAGCCCUAUGAAUGUAAGGAAUGUGGGAAGGCCUUUAUUCGUAGCAAUCAACUUAUUUCACACCAGCGAAUUCACACCAAUGAGAACACCUAUGAGUGCAAGGAAUGUGGGAAGAUUUUUAGUCGUCGCUACAAUCUUACUCAACAUUAUAAAAUUCAUACUGGUGAAAAACCCUAUAUAUGUAAAGAAUGUGGAAAGGCCUUUCGCUUUCAGACAGAACUUACUCAGCAUCACAGAAUUCAUACUGGUGAAAAACCCUAUAAAUGUAAGGAAUGUGGGAAAGCCUUUAUUCGUAGCAAUCAUCUUACUCAACAUCACAGAAUUCAUACUGGUGAGAAACCCUACAAAUGUAAAGAAUGUGGAAAAACCUUUAGUCGGCACUAUCAUCUUACUCAACAUCACAGAAUCCACACUGGUGAGAAACCCUACAUAUGUAAUGAAUGUGGGGAUGCUUUUAUUUGUAGUUAUCAACUUACCUUACAUCAAAGAAUUCACACUGGUGAGAUUCCGUAUGAAUGUAAGGAAUGUGGAAAGACCUUUAGUCGCCGAUAUCAUCUUACUCAACAUUUUAGACUUCAUACUGGUGAGAAACCUUAUGGGUGUAAAGAAUGUGGGAAUGCCUUUCGUCUUCAAGCAGAACUUACUCGACAUCACACAAUUCAUACUGGUGAGAAACCCUAUAAAUGUAAAGAAUGUGGGAAGGCCUUUAGUGUUAAGUCAGAACUUACACGACAUCACAGAAUUCAUACUGGCGAGAAACCCUAUAAAUGUAAAGAAUGUGGGAAAGCCUUUAUUCGUAGUGAUCAACUAACUUUACAUCAGAGAAAUCAUAUUAGUGAGGCACCCCCAUUCAUAAUGUAAAGAUACAGUGGCCUUUAGAAAAUGCCUUUUAUAACAACAGAAUUCAUGAUUGAUUUAAGAAAGUUUUUACUUGUUAGGGAACAUAUGGGAAUCCCUUUUGCUUCGUGCUCAAAACUUAACAGCAGUAGUUUUAUACUAUACAUAUUGAUUUAAAGAGUUGAAAAAUUACAGCAUCACCCAGCCUUGGUUAACUUUAGAGAAUGAUACUGCUGCAGUACAUCUCAAACCAAGAUAAAGGGUACCCCUUCCCCCCUCAAAAUUGUUGUUGACCAAUACUUUUAUAAGAUACAAUGA